ACUAACACAGAGCCACAGUUUCUACUUUAUUUGCUAAGGAUAUCUGUUUGGCAGCUAUAAAUAGAUUUAUCCCAGUUGAUAAGAUGAGCAGUAAGGAUUAUUACCCGAUGGAAACCAAAGGAAGUCCAAAAAGCUACAGCCCUCACAAAAACGGAAAUCUUAUGGACAAAAGUUCCUCAGAACAGACAGAGAAGUUUCUGCCUGUUAUAGAACCAGGGCUGGACUCCCUCAACAAGAACCCAGAAGAUGUGGAUUUCAUCCCCGUGGAUCACACACCACCUGAUAGGUACCGACUUGUGUUCUUUAUCAUGGUAGUCCAUGGAAUAGGCAUUCUGAUGCCAUGGAACAUGCUGAUCAAUGCUAAACAAUACUUUGAGGAGUAUAAGCUGGGUAAGAAUGAGACAGAAGUGGUGGAACUGAAAGGAAAGUUUAUGUUUUAUCUGGGAAUCUUCUCCCAGGUUCCCAACUUUGUGAUGAGUGGCAUCAACACAUUCUGUCAGUGUGGAGGACAAGCCUCGCCACGGAGGAUCAUAAUCUCCAUCAGUAUAAUGAUUGUUGUCUUUAUCACCACGGUGAUCCUGGCUAUGGUGGACUCCUCGGAUUGGUCUGUGGAGUUUUUCUGGAUAACCAUGAUGACAGCUGUGAUACUAAAUAUGGCCACAGGAGUUUACCAGAACAGUACAUUUGGACUGGCAGCCAUACUGCCCAUGAAGUACACAAAUGCCAUCGUCUUGGGAACAAAUUUUUCUGGUGUGUUCAUUGCUGUCAUCAAUAUCAUCUGCAUCAUCAGUGCCCCUGAUCCCCGAACCCAGGCUAUCUACUAUUUUGUGUGUGCUAUAGCUGUCCUGCUGAUUGCAUUUGAUGCAUACUUUCUCCUACCUUUAACAAAAUUUUAUCAGCAUCACCGUGCUAUGGUGCGGCGUCAACAGAACACUUCAGGUCCAUCAAGGUCAUUCCAGGAGACCUGUGCUCUGUUUGGUCAGGUCCUCAAAAAGAUCUGGGUCCAGGCUCUGUGUGUGUGGUUCAUUUUCUUUGUUACCUUGACGAUAUUUCCUGGAAUUUGGAGUAAUGUUACCAAAAAGGAUUUCCCAAUAGAAAAUAAGUACUGGACGGCCAUUUUCUGUUUCCUGAGCUUCAAUGUAUUUGCGUUCCUUGGAAACAUUGUCUCAGAGUGGAAGAAGAUUCCUGGUCCCCGAUUUGUCUGGAUCCCUGUCCUUUUACGAGGCCUCUUCAUUCCUUUCUUCCUGUUCUGUCGAUUUGAGGUGGAGAACAAAGUGAGGACAUUCCCUAUUCUGAUUGACAAUGAUUAUGUGUACAUUGUGGGAGGGGUUCUUCUGGCCUUCACCAGUGGUUACUAUAGCAGUCUCACCAUGAUGUAUGGGCCAAAGCUGGUAGAACCUGAGGUCGCUGGAAUCGCCGGGAUGAUCAUGGCCUUCUGUCUGGUGAUGGGAAUUACAACUGGUGUCAACUUCUCAUUGGCUGUGGCAAGUAUGGCUAUACAGUGACCAUGGAAACAGAAGAUCAGAGAUAAACACAGAUACUGCCAAAAUUAUCAUGUACUGCCCAACAAGAAUCUGGGGUCCAAAUUCAUGCACCAAGCCAGUGAACUGAGUUACCAGGGACCUGGUUUCUAUACCAUUCACAGCUUAUUGAACAAAACAUCAUUGAAAGUAAUAAUAAUAAUAUGUACAGGUGUGAUUCAAAUUUACAGUCCGAAGUUUGUAAUUCAUGAACAAGAAAGUAUCCAUAUCAAUUUAAUUUCUUUGAUAUGCAUUAAGCCAUAAAAUUUUCAUCUUCACUAAAUUCCAGUUUAAAAAUGAAAUCUCAUAAAAUUAAAUGUUUUCUGUCAGUUAGGGAAUGGAUAUCUUGCAACCAACCAACCAAACCCCCCUCCCUCUCCUCAUCUCUACCCAAAAUAAACUGAACUUGCUCCAUUCGUUCCUGAAAGAAGAUUAUAAAGAGUUCCCAAUAGUUGAUAUCCCUUGUACACAAGACAGCGACCUAAUUAAAGUAGUACUUGUAGAGAAAGAUAACUGUACAAAAGCAAUCAUGAGUAAUUUCAUUCAUGUCAUACAAAGAUACAUGUAGAUUCAACUCGAGAGAACUUAUAGAGAGAGCAGAGAACCCCCCCGUACAGCACAAUUGUCCUGUCCCAUCACAAACUAGGUGGUGAUGAUCUUUUCCAUAUACAUGUACAUGUACAUGCAUGUACAAUAUUCUGUUAAGUCGUGUUCAUUUAUUGAGAAACACUAGACUUAAGUUUUCUGUAAAAUCAUUAAAAUGCUUUGCCAUGCCCUGCUUACUAAACUCUGAGAACUCACUGUAGGUCAUCUCAUGUAGAAAAAUUAAGUCAGCCUUGUUGAUAGAUAAAGCCUACCUCUAGUGAAAUGUGAGGGAUAUCCUAUAAACACAAAGAACUGUAGAGACAAUCUGAUAUACCUCUGUAGGAAUAUGAAUUAUUGUGUUAUAACUAUGACUUCACUGUGUUCAUACUUGGUGAGUCUAUGUUUAUCCAUUACUUCUUUUGUGUAGAUUUUCCUUAGUACUCUUUCCAUGCAGCUUUGCUGUUUUUAGUUGGCAGUACAAGACAGGACUGUUGGCUUAUUUUGUGUGUGUGAUGUUUUCAAGUAUUGCUUUUUAGGCAGCUUUGUUAUCAUAUCUGUGAAUCACUUAUUUGUGUGGCAUUACAGUUAGACUGCUUAUCUUAGAGAGACUCGUACAGGUGUAAUACUUUGUGUGUUUUCUAUCGAGUACUUGUGAUCACUACCAGAAUAAGACUUCUCACAAUUAGAUUAGAGAUUAAUAAAAAGGCAGACAGUGUUAAGUCUUACUGCCCUAAUUAUUAAAUAAACCCAAAGAUGCAAUAAGUUUUAAGUACACUGAUUAAGUAAAUGUACAGUAAAUUCACAAGACAAAAAGCAGUGCAUUAAUUUGUAAGACAUGCACUAUAUAAUAAAAAAAGUCACUUCCCUUUUUACUUGGGUGAAGUUAACAUUUUUUUUUUUAGACAAUCUCCUGAAACAAUGUUAAAUCUAAAAAUGAAAUGUGAUAAAGUUGAAUUGAUUUUAUGCUGUAUUAUUAAAUCAUUGUAAAUUCAGAAGUCAAUUUUCCUAAUUUUCUAAUUUAUUUUGUCUCUUUCAAAAUGAGAUUAAGGUUAAAAUGCAUACAAGUCAUCUCUGUAAACAUUGUAUUGUUUACCACAAAUAUAUACAAUAAAAAGCACAGAGAACCUGCCUCUGAAUCCAAAGAAAGUUGGCACAAUUUGAACUGAUUUACACGUAACUGUAAAUAUUAAGUAAUUUGUUCUGAAUUUGAAGUUUAUUGAUUUAUCAUCUCUGUCUUUAGUAUAUACACUGUGUCUGUUUUAAUAUAUGUAAUAUAUAUAAUGAUACCGUUUUAUGUUUUGGUCAUAAUAUUGUCAAAUCUUGUGACCUGUAUAAAUGAAGUUGUAAACAUACAUGUGCAUGCUUUUUGUUCUAAUUACCCAGUAGAAAGAAGUUUUUUGUUAUGUUUUAUAAAUUGUCAAUAAUUGUGUGUUGCGUUGAAACCUACAUGUAUGUUAUAAAGAAGUGCUGAAUUUUAAAUGUUAUUGGUAUAUUUAUCAAACUGUUAUCGUUACCUACAGUGUAUAUGUAGCUUGCUUUGGUUUAUGAUUUUUGACAAGAAUGAUUCACCGUGUGGAUAAAUAAAGUCAGGCUUUAAUUAUUAUGAUAGUACAUGUGGGCAUUAAUGUAAUCAUGCCUAGUUUACACAGUUUAAUGAUGUAAUUAGAACUCAAUGUUAAGAUAAGGAACAAAGGAAAUCUACAACAAUUUGUUUGUACACUAGUUUAUAAUUGUUUGUGUUGAAGCUAAGUAACGGAAUCAUGUCUGUACUCUGAUGUCAGUUAUUGGAAUACAGUAGAUGUACUUAUUUUGGCACCUUUACCACUGCUUCAUGUCCUAUAAUUCAUGUACACAUAAUACAUGUUUGAAACAAAUGUUGUUUUCAUGACUAAAGUGUGCUAUUUUUUGAUUAGGUUAACCAGUUGAGAAGAAAAAUUGCACUUAUUUUGAGUGUGCUGACUUACAUGUACAUGUAUAUUAACAUCUGAUGCAUGAUCGAUAAGAAAGACAUUCAGAACACUCAUAGAUUAAUGAAAUUGUCAGUUGUUUAGUCUUGAGUCUAACAAUGGACAAAUUAGACAUAAAAUAAUAUAGAAAUUAUGCUUUAGAUCUAAGAGGUUUAUAUAACAUGAUUUUAAAGCUUCUUUAGAUUAUGAAACUUGUAUUACAAAAAAUGUCCUACAAGGUUAUAACACUCGCUUCCAGUACAGGAUAGCUGAAAUGCAAGUUAUUCACAUGUAUGAAAAUAUACAUGUAUAUAACAAAUGUUUAAAACACUGCUCACAAUGAUUUGUUUGCAAGGUUUCAUAUCAAUGUGUUUACAUGACAAAUAAAAAUUGAGACAAUUAAAUGGUGAUAUUUAGUGAAAAAUAGUCUAAGUGAAACUUACCAGUAUAAGUAAUAUUUAUUCCUUCAAAAUGCAUGCAAAUCAAUUUAAAUGAUUUGUAUUCCUACAGUUUUUGGUAAUUAUAUUACAUGGCAUUUUCAGUGUCACUAGCUUUAUAUAUUUAGUUGUUGUACACUGUCUCCUUUUGCUUUCUGUUUUGUUUUUGUUUUGGUUCUUAAUAUCUUCUUGAUAUAAAGCCUAAAGCCAGGGACCUAUAUACUAACGGGAUAGGCAACUCCUUCAGCGCCAUGUUUAUUUACCCAAAACGGCACACACAACACUGCAAGUUUUUCAAACUACUUUUUCCCGAGUAAAAAGCUUGUUUUCUGAUUAAUGUAAUCUGUUCUUUUUGUGUAUCGGAAUGGAUAUUUAAUAAAUUUUAAAGCACAUAUUAUAAAAUAAUUUAGAUAUUAAGUAAACAACCACUAAAAUCGGCGAUUUCUCGGAAAUACGGCCGAUCAGGGGCACGCAUUGAUUUUUAAAUAAACGUAAUUACUUCUAAAAUAAGGAAUAAAAACGGUGCUUAUAACAAAUUUUGAAUAAUUUUUUGAUAGAUAAAUUAAGAUUUUAUUCUGAAAUAUUUGAUAGCAAAAGAGAUAUAUUUAAUUAAAAUUGACUUACGAAAUCCCGCAACUUACGAGGUAUCGCGAGACUUGCGAGAGUUGCCUAUCCCCUUAGUAUAUAGGUCCCUGCUAAAGCUUGUUCAUUUUGCUUAAUAUUCAUAUGACUCACUGUAUUUUAGUUUUAUUUUCACCUGUCUUUAGGAAGGAGUUAUGUCAUUUAUAUUUUAUAAUAUAUUUAGCUCUAUCUCUUAGUGUGUCUUUGUAUGCAGUAGUAAACUUUGUUAUUUGGUUAUUUUUCAAAUGAUUCAGAAAGUUCUUAAUGAGGUGAAAAAUAUUUUCAUGUGCACUACAUUAUUAGUAUACAUACAUGUAAAUCAUCUUUCAUAUCAAACUAGUAUAUGGUAUUUUCUUUGGACACUCUACAUGCUUGUAUAAGUAAUUUUAGACACAACUCGUGGAAUGAUGUUGAUGUAUUUGAUCAACCUUUGCUUCAUCUAUAGUUAAUUAUCCAGUUUUCUACAAUCCAUUUGUAAUUGUGAUAUGAUUUUAUUUAUGCCACUGAUAAGCUUUAUGAAUUGUUUGUAAUUAAUGAUCACAUGUCACACGUACCAGUUAGGGAUUUGAUAUUGAUUUCCCACAGUGUACUUUCCUUUAUGAAACACUUUUAACAUGAGAGUGCUAUUUUAUUUUUUGAAGACAUUUUAUUUAAAUUAUCCUUGUGUUUUGAUUUACCUGUUAUGUUAAUUGAUAAAGGUUACCUACUGAAUUGGUAAGACUUUAUGAUUUACAAUACAUGAAUUGAGUUACUGUUGAAUUGAUAUAUAUCUGCUGUAAUGAUUUUUUUUGUUUCAUUUUGUUUAUUUUGUUUGUUUGUGUGUAUGUGUGUAUUCAAUAUUCUUUCUUAUGUAUGUUGUGCUAGGUUUAUUCUUAAAUGUUUUGUCAGUGUUGAAUUAUGGAAAAUUCAUGAUUUUUUUUUAAAUAAAAAAGAAAGGGUAA